AUGCAGACGACGAAAGUGUUGCCAACAUAUUCAAACAUUUUUCAACAUCAUAGUCGAAUUUUACGCACCUUUAUAUUCUUAUUAAAUUCAUAUUGUAAUUCUAGCAAUAAAGUGACACUCUGUUAUUAUGCACAGUGUUAAGUGUUCGUGUGAUAAAACAUUUAUUUUGUCUUGUUUUGAGUAUUGUUUGUUUUAUUGCGUAAACUGCGGAGUGCGUUAAUGUGGCAGGGGUUUAUUUUGCGCGGGGUCCCAGCCCCCCUUUCUGUCGCGUGGCGUGUCCGUGGGAUGCUGGGAUGUCGAUGUUAUGAUUAUGCAUACGUUGGUUUUGGUUAGGACGUGCAGGGAAAAUGGACCUGUUAUCGUCUCACAAGCUGCUUCUUGAAACCGAGUCUGAAGAACAGAUGCUCGAACGUGCUCUUCGUGAAAGUCAACAGCCGCAGGAGAGAGGAGUUGCGAAGAGCGACGAUGUGGUCGUGGAAGAGGGCAGGCAGGAGCCAGGCGGGGACCAGUGGUUGCAGGGACUGGACAUGCCAGACGAGUUUUGGGAGCACGUCGCAGAGCCGACCAGGUCGCCGGCGGCCGAGUGCGCGGGAGACGACGCGCCAGGCUUCGACCGGGAGCUGGGUCGCACCUGGAUCUACCCCACCAACUGCGAGCUACGCCAGUACCAGUACGACAUAGUGGAGCGCGCUCUCUUCAGCAACACCCUGGUCAGCCUGCCCACAGGCUUGGGCAAGACGCUGAUAGCUGCAGUAGUGAUGUAUAACUUCUACCGCUGGUACCCGCGGGGCACAGUGCUGUUCCUGGCUCCCUCCCGGCCGCUGGUCGCACAGCAGAUAGACUCCUGCUACCGCGUCAUGGGCAUCCCUGAGCAAGACACAGCCGAGCUCACAGGACAGCUGCGGGCCGAGCAGAGGGACGCCCUGUGGCGACAGCGACGUGUAUUCUUCGCCACUCCCCAAGUGGUUGCUAAUGACCUGGCGAGUGGCACAUGCAGCGCACAGACUGUGCGUUGUGUGGUGGUAGACGAGGCUCACCGCGCUCUCGGAGAACAUGCAUACUGCCAGGUUCUCAAGCUACUGGACAUGUUCAACACACAGUACCGAGUGCUCGCGCUGUCAGCCACGCCGGGCUCCGACCUGCUCGCCAUCCAGCAGGUGCUGAGGAACUUGAAGAUAAGUCGCGUGGAGCUGCGCAGCGAGGACUCGGCAGACGUGCGGCCGUACACCCACCAGCGCAGCGUGCAGCUGGUCGUGGUGCAGCAAGACGCCCGCCUCCUGAGGCUGCGCGGACACUUGCUGGACCUGAUAAACGACCGCCUGCGGCCGCUGAGAUCACAUGGCGCGCUCUCCGUCCAGUCGGACCAGCUCUCCAAGUACACGCUCAUGAAGCUGCGAGAGAGCUGGCGCCGCUCCAAGGCCUCUCGGCUGGACAGGCAGACGCGCGGGCGCCUCGAGGCAGACUUCGCGGCCGGCAUGAGCCUGUGCCACGCCCUGGAGCUGCUGUACGGGCACGGAGCUCGCGUGCUCCUCUCGUUCCUGGAGGGGCUGGUGGGCAAGCCCGGGCCGCACAUGGACGCUGCAGGCCGGCUGCAGGCGCUACUGGAGGAGGUGCAGCGAGAGCUAGAUGCCCAGCCUGAAGCACACAGCCACCCGAAGCUGCGCAGACUGGAGGAGCUGGUUCUGGAGCACUUCCAGGCGGCCGAGCGAGCGGGCACGCCUACCCGCGCCAUCGUGUUCUCCCAGUUCCGGGACAGCGUCAUGGAGAUCUGCGGUCUCCUGAGGAAGCACCGCCCGCUCGUCAGGCCCACGCAGUUCAUCGGCCAGCUGCGGCCGGGCCACGGCGGCCAGACGCAGAAGCAGCAGCUGGAGGCGGUGCGCCAGUUCUGCGGCGGCGGCCACAACACGCUGGUGGCGACGUGCGUGGGAGAGGAAGGCCUGGACAUCGGGGAGGUGGACCUGAUAGUGUGCUUCGACACCAGCAACUGCGUGCGCAUGAAGCAGCGCAUGGGUCGCACGGGCAGGAAGCGCGCCGGCCGUAUCCUCAUGCUGCUCACCGCAGGCAAGGAGCACCAGAAGUAUUUGAAGAGUGUGCAUCAGACGAAGACCAUCAACAACCACAUGCUGAGGCUGGACAACUUGGAGCCGUUCCUGUGGCCACACUCGCCGCGCAUGGUGCCCUCAGACGUGGUGCCGCAGUGCCAGAAGGUGUUGGUGACGGUGGCGGAGAGCCGGCGGGAUCAGGGACGAAGAGAGCGCAAUGAUGCAGAUGUGCGAAAGUUCCGGAGUGCCGCCGUGGCACCGUACCUCAGCAGCACAGAGCUGGCAGAGAUGAGACCAGAGCUCACCCCAGGCCUGGACCUCCUGAGCUGCCUGCAGCCCGGCCGGCCGGGUGAUGGCGAUGAGUUGGGAGCCUGGACAGACUGGCAGAUGGAGCUGCAGCCUAGCUUCACGAUCGAGCACUCGUCCGACUCUCGCCUGCUCGUCCACCUGAUGGAGCGAACUGCUGCCUCGCUCGCCCCCGCCUCUCAGGCUUGUCAUGUAGCCUCGCAGAUGGCCCCACGCUCCCGGGCGUGCCGGAAGCUAGGGCAGCGCGCAGGUAGACCCAGGGCAGCCAACACGGAGCUGCCAGUCCAGUCUGGAUACACACCCAGACCCGGGAAGGCCAGCAUCAGGAGCUUCUUGAAGCCAAUGCGUGCCGAGGGCACACGAGUCACGGAACUCAUCACGCAGACUGCGAGGACAGAGAGAGACAAGAUAGUGGAGGACAUCUUCCAUGACCUGCGGCAUCAACUACAAGGGUUGAAGAGUGAGUGGCGGAGCGGUGGUGGACUACCUGUGCUGUGCAGUGUGCCGUGCCUCGCCCAGAUUCUACGCGUGAGGAGACGUCCUGGGCGGCCAGACUGUGUUCCAACUGUAAGUGAUGUAGAUGUAGAGGCGGGGAUAAGCAGUGAGGAGAAGCGAGUGGGAAGGUUACAGAUGUCUCAGGCUAAAGAAGACAGUGGAAUGAUGACCAAGUCGAGCAGCAGUGCAAGUGCAGUCCGAGGUGUUUCUACAUCCUCGGUGGAUCCCAAACUCGACGGAUCGCAAGGGAGUGUAGUUAGUGCACAACCAUGCGCAGAACUGCAGCCAAGUGUUCCAGUGCAUGGUGAAGAUGGGGAGCGGGUGCCACUCCACUUCGAUCUGUCGCUGUCCGACCUGUUCGAGGAGGAGCUGAGCGUGGAUGUUCCUGCCGAGCCAGAGUCGAGGCCUAGUCCACCUGGCAAACCUCUCGAGGACUCUGACCUUGACGCUUCCUGUCUAUCGCCCAUACCGCACGACGGCCACAACUCCACGUUGCUGCUGACUCCUCCGCAGGCCGGACCGAGCUUCGUGCGGCCGGAACCACCGGCAUCGCCCGACCCCGGCUCUCGUCGCGGCAAUGUGCCGCGUGUGGUCGCCUCCACACCCAAGCCACUCGCCAAGACCACCGCUCACGCACCAGAGCAGCUGCGGUUCAACUUGUGUGACACGGACGAGCUGAUGAAGGAGUUUGAAGAGGAGGCUGUGGUGGGAGAUGUGGACGAGCUGUGCGAGAAGUUCCGAGCGGACCUGGGGGCAGGCGGCAGCGCUCUGAGUGCCGAGCAGUUCUGUUGCAUGCUGCGUGAUCCAGGCAGCGUUCUGUACGCGCCCAGCCCGGAGGUGCGCCGGCACAUGGAGGUCAUCUACAGAGGAGUGCGGGAGCCCUGGCAGUUCGGCACGCGUGUGGUCACCGUCAACGAGACGAAGGAGUUGCGGUGGUGGCAGCGUGUGCUGCGGCAGCGUGAGGUACGGCAAGAGCCAGCGCCUGUGGCUGGAGACGCAGAAGAUCAGCCGGACGUCAGCUUUCUGGAACGCAGCCUCGAAUCUAACUGUGAGGUGACGCACGGGAAUGAAGUAGCAAGCAUUCAGGAUUUUGAGCACAGCAGAGAGAAGGCGCCUCGCACUAAGAGGUGUUUGAGGCUGUCUCCGGACCAAGCCACGAAGACUUGCGCAGACGACAGCGUGGUCCGUCCGACCAAGAGACGUCGGCGAGCGGCCCGACUCGAUCUGUCGGACGAGCCGCACACCACUGCCGAUGGCCGUAAGGGGCUGCAGGCCGGGGCGUGCCGGUUCCUGGACACGGAGGCAGACGUGUCUGCCCUGGAGGCUCCGGUGUCCAGCGACGAGGACUCCAGCGGCCUGGACUCGUACGACUCGAGCUUCGUGGACGACUCCGUCACGGACCAAGCCUCCCAGCUUCAGGCCAAAUACCUGCGCUCCGUCAUUUGGAGCCCGGCCGUGUCACGCCGCGUGCCCUCCAGACGGCCGCUGCCGCGCAAGUGCGACGUGUUGUCCCAGGUCGACGCCCACUCAGACUCCUCCUACGAGCAGGACUCGUUCUGCGUGGAGGAGGUGGACCGGUCCGGGGCGUCGCAGAUGUGUCCCCUGGAGCUGGCGGAAGCCGCGCUGGAGCGAGCACGGUACCACGGGCCUUGCCGAGGCCCUGACCUCCCUGCCAAGAGACGCAGGAUCCUCGCAGCUCCGGGGGACGGCAGCUCUGACGACGAGAGAGUCUGCGUCCUGCCCGCGGCCGAGACCGGCGGUGUGCGUGACGAUGCGACCGGAGUCUCCGGCGACGUGAAUGUGCAUCACCAGGUCUUCGAGAAUGGGACGAAGCAGUGCACGGGAGCGGGGAUGCCCUCCGACAUACAAACAAACGAGAUGGCAGUGGCGGACAAGAAAGCUACGUCGAAAUGGAACACCAGCGGCUUGGACUCCAUCAACUUCAACUUCCUGACGGAGGACUUGUUCGAGGAUGAGCUUGAAGAGGCGGGCGUUCCAGAACAGAGUCCUCUGGUCCAUGUGCCCGUGCCACAGGUGCUGCAGGGACCACUGGUGCUGGUGGACUCAGGACAGAACUGCGUGGCCACGCGCAUCACGGCCAGACUGCGCGCCGCGCACCACAUCGACACCCGUGUACUGCCCACCAAGGAGGCUCACUUCAUCGUGAGCCAGCGCGUGGGCGUGCUGCGCAUCAUGUCCGCAAAUGUGGGACGUCUGUCGUACUGGCCGCUGCUGGAGGAGUUUGUGCACACGCUACGCGCGCACUUCUCUCGCCCCGUGAUUGUGCUGGAGGACUCCCGCCCGUCUGGUGUCGCCGUGCCGCCCGUGAGCCGCCAGGCCGUGGCACGCCUUGUCGCGCUGCUCCGUGCCCACGUGCGCCUUCUCUUCUCGAGUUCCCAGGACGACACGGCUGAGCUGCUGGCCGCGCUCGCUCGGCGGGAACAAGACGAAGGCCACGCCAUUGCGCUGUUCAGCGAGCGCUGCCUGCACUCAGCGAUGUUCAAGUUUGUGUCGAAACUGCCGGGAAUCAACUUGGUGCGCGCAGUAGAACUGACCCAGAAGUUCCCGUGCAUCGCAGACUUCCUGCGGAGUUGCAGUGACCUGGAAACCCUGCGCAAGACGACUGGCUUAAGUCGCAGCUGCGCCAGCCGUGUGCAUCUGGUGCUCAGCGGGGUCAUCCAGCCGUAGUGUCGCUCCGAGUGCGUGCUGGCACGCUGCCGUCACUGCGCCGAGGCUGUGUUAGUGUGUGUCUCAGGAGCUGCUGUGCAGAGCCGUACACAGCCUCUCCCGAGAGGGUGUGACAUGUGAACUGUGCUUAGGUGGGCUCCACUGUAGACCGUUAGACUGCAGUUUGUGGCUUAUGGCGUGCGCUUUUGCCAACACCACGUUACAAAGUUCAGGAGGUGUGCUUCUUCGGAAUUCUGAGUGCACGAGAAACUUUUUAAGAACUGAUAUCAAUAGUUAUGACAGUUUAUACUUUCAUGCUUGUAAAUCAGUAAUAAAUCACCACUUGUUAAAUUUACUUAAAUAUAGUACAAGAAACAAUUCACAUAUGUUCACUGAUACAAAUUAAUGCUUGCCAAGUGCUCUUCUCUGUUGUGUAUUUCCGUGCCUUUUCCAUAGUGAGCCCUGCAAGUACCGUAGACUUAUUUAUAAAUGUGUUUCUCAACUCCUAAACCUUUAUACCUCUUUCAAGAAGGUAUGUCGUCACAUUCCAUAAAUACUACAUUGUUUCCCCUUCUUAAGUUAUCAAACCUAUGCAGGCUAGAACAGCAUAAAUCUUGCAGUUUUUCUUAACUAUUCAGUUUUGCUAAAAUUGCAUUUAAAAUGGGAGGAAUACUAGCAAAGAAAUAAGUGUGAACGAUCCACCAUAACCCACUGUGUACAAUUCUGCCAUAAAUUUGUAUCCUGGAAUUUUUCGGUUUUAAUUUUCUUUCAGUGUUAUUGACACGGGGUCACUAAGUGUGAGUUGCGAUGGGCACCACUGUGUGGUUAGGGGUGACCUGGACACAGCCAUGAUUCUGACUCAGGGUGUGAUGUAGCCCAAGUGGGGGGAAGUCAAGACAUGACCCCUUACAGUAAUGACUUUGUCAAACACACUUGAUGUUACUAAACAUGUGGGCUCUUAAGACUUCCCUCACACCUCUACACAUCCACGCACUCCCACAUGGUUAAAGAGAAACAUGUGGUUCCAGCAAGUUUCAUUUAUUACAGCUUUAUGCUUCUGUACCACGUGGCAGUUAAAAUAACACAGAAUAAAUUAUAUAACAGAUGAAAAACACUGUGGCACCAAUCGGUUCUGUCGAAGUCCAGCGCACCACGUGGCUAGACAAUACCUCCACUUUAAUGUCGGGGUUCCAGUUAGGGUUUCAAUUAAAUUAACAAAGCAGUCGGCCACCGGAGGUUGGCCUCGAAGAUGUAAGAAAGACAUUAAUCAAAUUUAAGCUGGAUUGUAAUGAAUCAUUAACAUGCAAGGAUGAUGUCCCCGGGGUGCUAUGAGUGUCCGGCCUCGGGCGGUGAAGUGCGACUGGGUGAGUGAUGGCUACUGAGCACACUGGACAUCGUGCCCACGCCAAGACACAAAGACUGUUGGAUUAUUCAAAAAUUGUUUCACAUACAUCAAAAACUUAAGGCAUAAAACACUUCACAUAGUUAAGAUAUUUUUUUAAUUGACACAAACAAUUUAAAAUUUUUGUAUUAAAAAAAUAUAAAAAGUGAAAACUUAUUGUUGCCCGGGGGUGCGUUCAGAGAUGUCCAAGUACACCUGUAGACAAUAAAACAAAUGAAAGUUUUUUAUUUAAAUUAUCAAUGAGUGAAAUUUAAAAAAAACAUAGCCCUUGUAAAUGAAAAAUAAGUAUAUUUUACCUAAUAUUUAGAACACGAAUCACUGACAAUCUUGUGUGUGCCUCUCUUUCUUCUCUUGCAUCUUGUCUCUCAUCUUCUCCUCUCUUCUCUUUUUUUUUCCCCUCUCUUCUCCCUCUCUCUCUCUUAUUCCUCUCUUUUUUUCUCUUUUUCUUCAAUUUUUUCUUCUCUUUUUCCUUCUUCUCUGUCUUUUCUUCUCUUUUCUUCCUCUACCUCUCUUUCCCCCCUCUUCUUCCACUCAAGUGAAGGCGCACUGUUUAAAACAUUCUGGCGCACACGUUACAAGUUGAUGUGCAAAUCCGGUAAAAUAUGUCAGUGCAGGAAUAAGGUGCAGAGGCUUGUGAAGUCGCGUCAGGCUCCGCGGGGACAUAACCCUGGAUGAUGUCAUACUUUACUGGGCGUACUUAUGGUACCAUGGGCGUCCUAGUGGUAUAAAUGGUUCAUUUGGAACAACCAGUUGCUUUUAAGCUCCCAUAACUGCUUGCUCCUCUUCCUUUUUUAUUAUUUUAUUUUAUUUUAAAUUUUAAAACCAAAUACUUUAGACAAUUUCUAUUGCUCCUUCGCUUGUAACUUACCAAUGUAGUUUCUUUUCAGUUUUUCACUUACCAUAGUUUACAUAUGCAAUCCACAUUUUGCUAAAAAAAUUAAUAAAUCACACACAUGAAUUAAAAACACAUAAAAAAAUAAUUGGAAUUUUAAAGAGUCACUGAACACAACUUAUUACUUGGUUGCAAGGCACUGCACUAACUGUUGGGUUGGUUUCAAAAAAAUGGAUUUCGAAGAAUUAACCAACUACGGAAGCCUUUAUCUUUGUACUUCCUUGCAGGACAGAACCGACUCCAAAGAAAGUGGCUAUGUUUAUUCUUAACGACAGCACUUUGGGAGUAAGCCUUGUCCUUUGUCAGUUGCAGCCAGCACCGUGCGCUGAUAAGCCAAAAUACAAAAUACUCUGCCACUGGUAAACGUUUUGAUGAGUCAGUUUUUAAAGAAAUGCCCGUAAAUAUUUUAAAAUUUAUAUAACUGAAAAGUGAAGACUCUUUGUCUCUGGUUUGUUCAAUGGGUUCCUCAGAUAUGAAUUUUUUAACAAAAGAUCUAUAUAGAAUAUUUCUGCAGGUUAAUUUACUUUGGUGUGAUGCAUUUUUGGAUACACCAAAACAAUUCCUGAUGAAAUAGUUAGUUUAUUAAUUUUUUUUCAACCCCUUAGAAUGGCCUUAAUUAUGAAAAAAAUAUAUAUGUUUGCCUGAUGCGUAUUUCAAUACUGUACACAAUAUGUGAAAAUUCUCGGUCCAAAGUUCAGUUUUAAAUUGGUAUGAUGAUUGGCAAAAGCGCAUGCAGAAUCACCUACGGCAGUCGGCAUGUUAGAAAGAGACACUGCAAUCUAAGGGUGGGAUGCUCUAUACUUAUGUCCUUAUUGAAACCGGUGGUACCUAAGAACAAGCAAACACUUCUUUUACACUUAUCAGGAAAGAUGAGAGUAGAUGUUUCUUUACAGGAUUUCAAAAGUCUUAUGUUUCAUUACAGCUGGUAUAGAUAAAUUUAAAAAGUUUGCUACAAACAAUACACUAAAAACCUAUUUUUAAAAUGACCGGGAAAAUAUUGUUACACAAUUACAAGUAAUAAAUAACACGAGUGGUUGCCAUAUGUGCUGCCUUCUAAUACAAUUUUUUUUUUUUUUCAUCUCUGCCUUUUGAAGUUGUGAAACAGCAGUAUUAUAUUUUAUGUUUCUCAGCAUGUUGUUCAAGUGAACCAAGACGUGAGUUGGCGGGAGUGCUUGAUUGUCUUGGAGGCUGACCACAAUGGGUGGCCAGACCACUUCCCACGAGGUGCUCUGGACUCCUUUCCUGAGGCAGUCACACCCAGACUUAGUUUUCAUUUGUUGUAUCUCUCUUGUUUACAUAUGACACUUAUUUUUUGUCAACAAAAAUAUACACUUUUACAUAUGUAUAUUUGCUUAUGGUCAAGAUAUUUUGGAUAUCUCAUUUAGCAAUUUUGUUUAUUAUAAAUCAAAGUUGCCAUGUUUUAAAUUGUAAAAGAAGUUUGUACUGUUAUUAAUGUGUGCCUUUUUUUAUUGUGAAUUACUGUGAAUAGACUGUACUUUGAGAUGGUACGUAUUGGCUGUGAUAAAGUGAUAAAAAAUGUCUUUAUUGAAUAGCAAAGUAACAUCUAAGUGUAUAUAGUUGUACAUUUCCUUUUAUACUAUAUAUCUUCAUACUGUUAUGUACCUACUUGUCCAUCAUAAAUUAAAAACUAUGAAGUAAAUACUGGAUGUGUUGCAAAUUGUACAAGUGACAUUUCUUUUCUGUGUGAUGGCGGGGCAACUUGUGAUCAGACCCAUGUGUUAGGCUGGUUUAUGUAGUAACAUAGCAAUAGCAGUGACUUGAAUGCAUGGCCUUCGAACAUGUUGUCGUAUUUUCCUUUGUAUUUAAUUUAAUUUUUGUGAAAAGGAGACGUGUUUGUGACAUGAUAGUUAAGUGUUUUUUUUUUUUUUUUAAGGAUCUGUAUUAUUUGUGAGGAUGAAACAGAAUUUCUUCUUUUAGCAAGAGUUUUUCCGGCAGAAACGUUAUGCAGGAAAUCAAAAGAAAUAUUGUGUUUUAUUAAAUUCAGUUGAAAGAG